AUGGCUACCUCAAGCAUCAUCCACUUGAAUACUGGUGAUACCGGCGUGUUCAAGUUCAAGUCCCAGGACUCGGAAUCUGCCACCAAGACCUCUCAGCUACUACAAGAGAACCAUGAUAAACAUCACUUUUUUUUUAAUACCUCGGGGUUUCACAACCAUAUUGUCCAUCAUUUGUUGACUCUGUAUGGCCUUGGUGCCCCGGCAUCCGUUAUUGAGCGGCAAUAUAAGCUCAAUGCAUCAUACCAGCAACCAAUCGUUCUCGCCGAGAAUGAGGCCCCGGUAGAUCUGUCAACACCAGAUUAUUUCAACAGCCAUCUUGGAAAGCCAAAGCACUACCAUGAUUUCCUAAUCUUCUGGCAGCAAGAAAUCGAAUCGAAGGGGUGGAAGGAGGUACUGAAAGAACACAUCUUUGCUAGUGAUGCUAAAGCAGACGUCAUGCUCGGCAGGAUGUUUGCCAGAUUUCUUCAUCCUCUCAUCCAUCUGGGUUUUGGAAUUGAAUUCAACCAACCAGCUAUCAUUGCUGAAGCAUUAGCACAAGCUUCCGUCCAUGACAACUGGAUAUCCAAGUAUCUUUUAGACACCGAGAAGAAUGCACGGCCAGGAAACAAGACAAUACCAAAACUCCUCGAUGAGAUUAGAGCUGAUAAAAAGCUCUCUACAGCAGCCGAGUGGGACGAUGACAAUAAAAUUCGAGAUGGAAUUAUGGCCAGAGCUCCAGAUGAAAUGACAAAGUAUGCAUCUCAGUGGACUGUAGGAAAAGGUGAAAUUGAAUCUAAGACGGCUCAAAUGAUCAAUUCCGCUGUUUUCUUCACUGCCGCUGCUCAACGUCCACCAAAACAAGUGAAAUUCGACUUUUACUAUAUGCACUGUGUCAACAGUUCGAUUUUCUUUACAUCGUUCAAUAGACAAGACUUUUUGUCUGAAGCUCAGAAGAUUCGACUCUUGAAAUGGAAGGGGCGUCUUGAUCUCGCCAUGUAUGCAUCCCGUCGCUCCCCGAAACUACUCCCCGAAGAAGUCUCGAGAUAUACCCCCAAGCGGCUUGAAGCUGGUGACACGGAAUGGAGUGGAUUAUUUCAGAGACUGUUCGAUUUCGAAGAUGAUGGGCACGCUGUGAAGCUUGGAAGAGCGGUCGCACACGCCCAAGUAGUCAGCCAAGAUUACGAAGACGAAGACUGGGCAAAGGUCAAAGACUUCAUGUGGUUGAAGAUAGGAAAUAUGAUAGCCGACAGUAUUGAAGACACCGGAGAAACUUGGGCUAGAAGCGUUGGAUUUGACGAAGCCUGGAAUCAAUACGAGGACAGAUCAGGACAGGUACAUCUCUCAGGCACCGAGACUCAUUGGUCCGAAAAUGUACUCAUACUUGGCCUAGAGAGACAGGAAACCGAGAAGCAAACUAUCGCAGAUACUCAAUUGGCUCCAGCUCGUAUCACUCGUUCCCAGUCUCUCACCCACCUUAGCAUCAAGCAGAAGUUCACUCACCCACACUCUCACCUCAAGACCAAUGAAGAUGAACUUGUCGACUUCAAUGGUGCUGAUGAUCCCUAUCAACCUCUCAAUUGGCCCUUUAGGAAGAAGUUGAUCACUACAUUUGUCUAUGGCCUUUUCACCAUGACUUCGACAUGGGCAAGUUCUGUAUACAGUCCCGCUGUACAACAAGUCGCAUCGGAAUUUAAUGUUCAACCCGAGGUAAGUUUGCUGGGCGUAAGUUUCUUGUUACUUGGAUUCGGAUUCGGCCCCCUGCUAUGGGCUCCUCUAUCUGAAGUUUAUGGCAGAAAAGCUGCAGUCCUAAGCCCAGGUAAGCAGCUUCACUGCGUGAACAGCUUUGAGUAUGUUUUCAUCUCAGCAUGUUUCUCCUUCGGCACCGCCACAGCGAAAGACAUUCAGACAUUGCUCUUGACACGGUUUUUUGCUGGCAUCUUCGGAUCUGCUCCUGUAACCAACACCGGAGGCGUUCUCUCGGAUAUUUGGCCACCCCAAUCGCGAGGAACGGCUAUAGUGGGAUAUGCCUUUGCCGUUGUCGGAGGUCCAACCAUGGGUCCAAUCGUUGGAGGAGCCAUUGCAUCGAGCUAUUUGGGGUGGAGAUGGACAGAAUACAUAACUGGAAUUAUGCAAUUAGCUGUUGUACUAAUCGGUGCUCUCGUACUCAACGAAACAUAUCCUGACGCACUCCUUGUCGCUAAAGCCCGUCAACUUCGCCAUGAUACUGGAAAUUGGGCAUUGCAUGCCAGACAUGAGGAGCGGAGUUUUAGUAUUGGCGAGAUGGCAAAUAAAUUCUUGAUGCGACCGUUUCGCUUACUGGCUACUCCCAUUUGUUUUCUCAUGGUUUUAUAUGCUUCGUUUGUUUAUGGUAUUCUCUAUUUGUGUUUAGCUGCGAUUCCUGUGCAGUUUGCAGAGGAAAGAGGCUAUGGACUUGUAACAUCAGACAACAACAAAUUCUAUACCCAUAGAUUUGAAGCAAACGACAACCAACCGGUCCCCGAAGCUCGCCUCCCCCCAAUGAUGAUCGGCAGCAUAUUUUUCGCCGCGGGCCUCUUCAUCUUCGGCUGGACAUCAUCCCCGUCCAUACACUGGGUAGCUCCUUGCACUGGUCUUAUCUUCAUGGGAUUCGGCUUCUUCACCAUUUUCCAAGCCGCGCUCAACUAUCUCAUUGAUACCUUUGCCUCCUGUGCAGCCAGUGCGGUUGCGGCUCAGACAUUCAUCCCUGAAUUGUCGAUUGCUUGUAGCGCAGGACACACAGAAAUUCUAGGACAUAAGAAUACAACAGUCAGCCGCAUUUCCUUGAACGCAUCAUUCGUCAGAAAGGAUAAGGAUGAGGAGCUCAAACCAUCACUCAAAACUGAAGCCAAAGCCCUCGAGGAGUGA